UCCAUGUGAAUUUUGACAGCUGCUACAGGAAGUUUGCCAUCUUGCAGGCACAUAAAUAGCUGGUGAAGAGACCACAGCCUUACACUGAAGGCACCAUGAAGAUCCUUCUCCUCCUCCUCGCAGCUGCAGGGCUUUGCUGGGGGCAGUACAACCCCAACACUGUCCCAAAGAGAACCUCUAUUGUGCAUCUCUUUGAAUGGCGCUGGCAGGACAUUGCUGAGGAGUGUGAACGCUACUUAGCUCCUAAUGGAUUUGGAGGAGUUCAGGUUUCACCUCCAAAUGAAAAUAUUAUCGUUACAAGCCCGAACAGACCCUGGUGGGAAAGAUACCAGCCCAUUAGCUACAAGAUCUGCUCUCGAUCAGGAAAUGAAGAGCAAUUCAAAGACAUGGUGAAGAGAUGCAACAAUGUUGGAGUUCGUAUCUAUGUGGAUGCUGUCGUCAACCAUAUGUGUGGGGCUGCAGGUGGCUCAGGCACACAUUCUACUUGUGGAAGCUAUUUUAAUGCUGGAAACAGAGAUUUUCCAGCUGUCCCAUACUCUGGCUGGGAUUUCAAUGAUGGCAAAUGUCACACUGGGAGUGGAGAAGUUGAAAAUUAUAAUGACAUCUAUCAGGUCCGCGACUGCCGUGUGACCGGCCUUCUGGAUCUGGCCCUGGAGAAGGACUAUGUGCGCUCAACGAUUGCAGACUACAUGAACCGUCUCAUUGACAUGGGUGUAGCAGGAUUCCGACUUGAUGCUGCCAAGCACAUGUGGCCUGGGGACAUUAAAGCGUUUCUGGACAAACUGCAUAAUUUAAACACUCAAUGGUUUUCUGCAGGAACUAAACCUUUCAUUUAUCAGGAGGUGAUUGACUUGGGUACAGAGCCCAUCAAAGGCAGUGAGUACUUUGGAAAUGGCCGAGUGACAGAAUUCAAGUACGGUGCCAAACUGGGGACAGUGAUCCGCAAGUGGAAUGGAGAAAAGAUGGCCUACUUAAAGAACUGGGGAGAAGGCUGGGGCUUUGUGCCUUCUGACAGAGCCCUGGUCUUUGUGGACAAUCACGACAACCAGAGAGGACACGGGGCUGGUGGAGCUUCUAUUCUGACCUUCUGGGAUGCCAGGCUCUAUAAAAUGGCAGUUGGUUUCAUGCUUGCCCAUCCGUAUGGAGUCACACGUGUCAUGUCAAGUUUCCGUUGGCCAAGAUAUUUUCAAAAUGGAAAGGACGUCAAUGACUGGUAUGGGCCCCCAAGUAACUCAGAUGGCUCCACAAAGACCGUUACAAUCAAUCCAGACACGACCUGUGGCAACGACUGGGUUUGUGAACAUCGCUGGCGUCAGAUCAGGAACAUGGUCAUCUUCCGUAACGUGGUGGAUGGUGAGCCUUUCUCCAACUGGUGGGACAAUGGCAGCAAUCAAGUGGCUUUUGGCCGUGGUAAUAAAGGCUUCAUCAUCUUCAACAAUGAUGACUGGAAUAUGAAUGUCAAUGUACAAACUGGACUGCCUGCUGGUACCUACUGUGAUGUUAUUUCUGGACAAAAGGAGAACAACCAAUGUACUGGAAAGCAGGUGUUUGUUUCUGGUGAUGGAAAGGCUAAUUUCCAGAUUAAUACUGAUGCUGAAGAUCCAUUUAUUGCAAUCCAUGUUGAUGCCAAGUUAUAAUUUGGGAGAAACAGCCUCCUCUGUUUGAUCUGUGUAUUACUGUUUCCCCCACAUGUUAUUCCCUGCUUUUUGAGCAUGAGUGACUCUCUAUUGAAUAAUAAAUGGCAUUCAAAUUGGAGAGUAAUGUUUUUCCCUUAAUGAAUUAGAUGUAACUUUAUCCCCUCAUAACUAGUGGCAAUGCAGUGAUAGGAUUUAAGGCAAUGCAGCACUCCGGUUCCCGUGUAAGAAAAACAUUGGAGAGGAAAAAAAAAGAAUGCAAGCCAGGUAAAAUGGCUAAGCUGAAGUGCAGGAUUUCCAGGG